AUGCUUAAAAAUAUAAACUCACAUAUAUCUCACGUUCAUUAUGCAAGAAUUAAUAGUGAUUUGAAAUUCAUGCUAAAAGAAUUUUUAAGAAAAUCAACAGAAGAAAAAAUAUUUUUAUUGAAAAAAAUAAAGAGCAUUCAUACAGAGACAAACGAGGAAAGGGGAAAGCUAUUGAGUCCACUCUGUAUUUUAUGUGAUAAAGAAUUUAAUUUAUCUAACAAAAGACCAAAAGCGCUUUCAUGCCCAGCCACUCACCUGAUCUGUCAAGAUUGCUCACAAUUUUUAAAAUCUACCUCAAAUGCAGUUACUUGUCCAUUGGAUUUCAUCAUAACCCAGCCUCACAUAUUGCAAGAUAUUUUUUCUGAAAAUUUAUCGCCAGGCACUUGCUUAACAUGCCAAGAGUUUUUUGAUGGAAAUUCUAGGCUGCCUAUGAUUUUACCUUGUGGAUCCUUAUGUUGCUCUGUCUGUAUCGAAAACCAUUUUCCUGGAGGUUCUGGACCUUGCUUUUUCUGCAAUGAGCAACACCAAAAUGUUUUUCCUUCUCCGAGAAUUAAAAGUCAGCUGAUCUCAGAGAUCAUAGAACUAUGCAUAAUUUAUUGUAACACACAUCAAAAUAAUGUCGCUUAUUAUCUGGACGCUGAAGAGCUAGUAGGAUUAUGUAGGCAAUGUGGACAAGGAAGGAAUAAACAGCAAAUUAUAGGAACCGAUUUUAAUUUAGCUGAAUUUUUAGCAAGAGAAUGCUUUAAGCAAGGAAAUGAUUUGGGAAAUAAAUUGACACCAAAAAUAAGCAAGGAACUUUCUGAGGUAAGAAAUUUGGGGAAUAUAGCAAAAUUGCAGCUAAUAAAAGAAAUAAAAAGAAUUAAAGCAGGGCAGCCUUUAAUUUUGCCUUCUACUAUGGUUCAAGGGCCUGGGAAUUUCAAAGGAAGAGCUAUAGCUCCAGCGAAUUUUCCAAACUUAACCGUUUUAACUAGAUUUCGGUCUAUUUUACCACCAGAAAAUAUCAAAGGGAUCAUUCCACCUCCACUUAAAGCUUGGUUUAUUGAUAAGAAAAAAAAUCAGGUUGAAGCUGUCUCAUUCAAAGUAAACCGAGAAAUUGAAAUUUUCGGAGUAGGAAUUUCAGGACCAAGCAAGCCAGAUUUAAUAGGAAAAAUAGAAUUCUUCAGCAUUAUCAGAGGUGAAAAUUUAGGCGGCCAUAUCGAAUGAAGAGAUCUUGAAAAUCGAGACUUCCAUAAUAGCUCAAUAGUCGAAGAUUUCUUUUUCGCAAGACCAAUUGCAAUUCACCCUCACGAAUCCUAUUCAUUUUUAUUUAAAAUCGACGCUGAGCAAGUGUUCCGAGGAAAUCCAACUGACAGAGUCGAAGUCCAGCAAGGCUCAGACGGGGCUUUAUUUGAAUUUUUUGAGCCACGAAACAAAGCAGGUUACUUCUUAAACGGCCAAUUAUUUAUUUCCGGCCCAUUAAUUCGAAUAAUUUAUAAGAGCUUAUAG